UGUAGCAGGAGCCGCGCAGCUUGAGUUAAAUCCAUACUGUGCUUGCACUCCUGUUGUAAUCAGCAUUUAACACAUCUUCAAUACGACAUACGGGAAACCUUAAUGCGUAGAGACCGAUUAAAGUAUAAUAGCAUUGUCGAAAAAGGCCUGGACAGUGUAUUGUGCUCUCAGUGCAAGCCUAGCCAUUCUUGGUCGCUGUGGCAGUGUUUAUGGCGCAAAUUGACUGCUUUUAAUGAUGAACAUCGGCUGGUGCACGUCCCCAUGAAGCUAAUUCCAGCCUACUGUUAUAAUACCUCCAUGACAGACGAAAAGGUGGUUGCGCUGGUUCUCGAUUUUGGAAAUCAAAUACUUUGGCGCCGACGAAGUCCAUUUCAGCUGUCAAAAGCAGCGACCCGCCGAUUGCAGGGUUUGCCAACCAACCCCUACCUGCGUCUGAUUUGUCUUGUAUGGGCGUUGGCUGGUUUUGUCUUGAUGCUGCCAUGCCGACCAGUCUAUCACUCGUUUCGGAAUGAACUCCUCUUGCCGCUUCUCUGGAACUGGCGUAGAUGACUUUCAAAAGCCCUCUUGCAAUCUAUGGAUCGAUUAGCGUCAGUACACCGGCCAACUGACGUAAAGACCUGGAAGAUAUGGUGUUCGGCCUUCGAGUGCAUAAGCUCGGUACUUUUGCUAGACAGGGUUUUUUUAGCUCCUUGAUGCUAAGCAUGGGGGAGUGUAAACAAGAUGUGC